CAAAUCACUCCCAACUCCCGACACCUUUCAAAACCCCCGAUAAACAAAAAUACAGGCGAAUUAUUUCGAGGCAAAACAUUAAAAUCAGGUCCCCUGCAAGAUCAUCACGUGACCGUGUCGCUCUAGCGACUGACACGCAAAUGUGUUCUCCCAUGUUGCGCGCCUCGGAGGGGUCCGUCGGAGUGGUCGGAGUAUCGCAGCGUGCACCAGCAGCAGCCUGCCUCAGUGGGCGCAUCACAAACGCUACAAUCGCAAAAUAAAUCAGCUGGAGACCAGAAAUAAAGAACUCCGGGGUUAGUUCCGCGUUCGUGCGCUCAAUAAUAACGAUAAAUACGAUAGUGAACCAGUGACAAUGGAUUGUGGAGGGUUUAAAAUGAGUUAAACGUGAGAUUUAAAGUGUCCAAACACUUCCGCUGGGUUUCUAAGGCCCCUGGUGUCCCCCCGGAGCUGAUGUUUUCACCUGCAGGCGUUUAUUUUCAUCACAAUUAGAGAGUGCUGUUUCAUAUUCUUGGAAGUUAAACUGUAAAAAUUGCUCGCUGACAGUUCGCAGUGACGUUUACCCUGUGCUAUCGUUUUAUUUUUAUUUUUUACCGUUUUAUUCAUUAUUUUCGAUUUGUUAUGAUGAUGUGGUGCGUGCUGGGGAGAAGUGGAAAUACACGAAAUGGGGCACGUUGAGGCCCGGAAGGGAUACCGGGUGUCAUCGACGGAGGUAUGGAUGUCAUCGGGGACGGUGAUGAGCAGACCCUUCAGGCCAUUCUCGGAAGGGGCGAUUUCGUAGGCGGAAUCGACAAUGAAGCACUAGAUUUUUCUCAACUCGAGGAUUUCAUCAACAGUGACAGUCCACAUCCAGCAACUUACUUCGCAGACACCUUAGCGCACAAUGAGACAGCGGUCCCAUCCCACAACGGCCGAGUGGAUGGAGGCCCGCAUCCUCCCACCCGUCUCCCCUCCCCCAUCACUCAAAAUCACCAGGUCCAGACCUCCUGUCCCCCGGGGACGACAGCGGUCCCCGCCAAUUCCACCCCCUACAAGGAUUCCCAAGCCUACGUUCACCCUCACGCCCUCCCCGAGAGCCCCCCGGACAGUGGUUCGGAGCCUCCGUACUCUCCCCCUGGCCACCACGAGUCCCAGCACGUCCACUCGCCCCACCAAAAGUCCGCAGUCCAGGACAUUCUGCUCCAUCACCCGGGGAAUGGGAUGACCUACCCAGCCUCGAACCUCCUGCCGCCCUCGCCGAGGACCCUGGGCUCCUCGGCGGAUCCCCUCCUCCUGAGUCACCCCGUCCUCACCCCCCUCCUCGCCCCAGUGACAGCAAACCUGUCGUCCUCCUCGUCGUCAUCGUCCUCGUCGUCCUCGCCCUCCUCCCAACAGAUGGCCUCCUCCCUGCCACUUCCCCACGAGCACAGCCCCAGUGGCAUCACAACCCUCUACUCCUCCCUCCAAUCGGCACCGAAGAAACGAAAACUCAGCCAAGACAGUAUGAUCCACGUCAAGCAGGAGCCAGAGCUCGGGACAAUCGAGCACAGCUGCUCCAGCAGUGGUGCAGUCCUCGAGAGUGAGGAGGUCAACGGCGAUAACUCGUACAUUGACUCGAGUUAUCAGUGCAUCAGGUUCCAUCCCUUUCAGCAGACGACCUGGCACGCACUCUGCGAUCACAAUUUGAAGGAGCUACCGACACCGCAUUACAGAGUCGACGCCGAUAAAGGAUUCAACUUCAGUAAUUCGGACGACGCAUUUGUCUGCCAGAAGAAGAAUCACUUCCAGAUCACUUGUCACGCGCAGCUGCAGGGGGACGCAGUGUUCGUUAGGACGGGGGAGGGAUUGAAGAAGAUCAGCAGUUUUCAGCUGCAUUUUUACGGGGUCAAGGUGGAAUCGCCGAGCCAGACGAUCAGGGUGGAGCAGAGCCAGAGUGACAGGAGCAAGAAACCCUUUCAUCCAGUGGUCACCCCUUUCAGGGUGGAACUGGGUGGCGAGCGUGUCACGAAGGUGACAGUAGGUCGUCUCCACUUUUCCGAAACGACAAGCAAUAACAUGAGAAAAAAAGGCAAGCCAAAUCCAGACCAAAGGUACUUCCAUCUAGUAGUGGGUCUCCACGCUCACACAUCAGAUCAAUCGAGUUAUCAAGUUGUGGCACACGCAUCGGAGAGGAUAAUAGUGCGAGCGAGCAAUCCAGGGCAAUUUGAGUCCGAGGGGACGGGGGUGGGAACAGAGGGUGGCUGGCAGAGGGGAGGUGCCCCAGACAGUGUUUACCACGCAGGAAGAGUCGGGAUCAACACAGACAGGCCCGACGAGGCCCUCGUGGUCCACGGGAACAUGAAGGUGACAGGGCACAUUGUCCAGCCGAGUGAUGCGAGGGCCAAGCAAAAUGUCCAGGAGGUCGACACCAAGGAGCAGCUGCGGAAUGUCCAGCAGUUGAGGGUCGUCAAGUACAGAUACGUCCCUGAAUUCGCUCUGCACUCUGGUCUGGGCAUAAAAACCUCGGAGGACACUGGAGUCAUCGCCCAAGAGGUCCAGCAAAUUAUUCCAGAGGCUGUUUUGCCAGCCGGUGACAUCGUCCUCCCAAAUGGUCAGAGGAUCGAGAACUUUCUGGUGGUGAAUAAAGAGAGAAUCUUCAUGGAGAAUGUCGGAGCUGUGAAGGAGCUCUGCAAAGUCACUGACAGCCUGGAGACGAGGAUCGAUCAGCUCGAGAGGAUAAACAAACGCCUGGCUAAGCUCAAGAGGGGCGACAGCCUGAAGAGCUCGGUGAGCACAGUGUCGAGCAUUGCCUCUGGCAAGUACAUCCCCUCCAACAAGAAGAAUUCAGUCUCAAGGAGGUGCGAGAGGGAGGAGGACCUCCUCUGCAGCAACAAGUUCAUCCAGAUAAUAAUUGUCAUUCUGAUUUUAAUAAUGGCAUUUUGUCUCGUGGCGAUGGCAACUCUCUACUUCAUGGAGUACCAGAAGCGAAGCUCGCUGGAGUGGACUGCUGUUGCUGGCGGUGGAAUCAUGGGAAUCGGUCCAGCUCCAACUGCACCAACAACUCCCAAUUACAAUUCCAGGUUCAAUCCUCUGGUGCACAGCACUGCCUCCAACUAUCAGACUAAGCAGAGUGGAUUCAGCAGGGGUCCGGACAAUCAGGCGACGGUCAAGGAUGUGGGCCUGUCUACCCUGGCACCUGACACGAAGAAGCAGAUUUAUUCACAAGAGAUCACGUCGUGGUACCCCUUCGGACACUCUGGGGGACAAGGCAAGCACGAGAAGAAUAACGAGUUCCCCAGUAAUUGGUUGAGCAGGAAUGGCGGGGGAGUUGUGCCCAGUAACGUUGAUGAGAAUGAUCCUGGAGAGGUGGAGAGUGCUGGCAAGGGUCCUGCACCGCUGGGGAGACCCCCCAAGUGUCCUAUGCACUACACGGCCUUAGGAAAUUCGUGUCAGGUUUAUUGCUGCACUGAUAUCCACCCCCUGGAGGAUCCACAUCCUGAGCAUCCACCGGAGAAGAAACCCAUGUCAGAUCACCUGGAGCAUCCACUCAGUUUAGAAGAGAAGAAGAAGGUGAAUAAAGGUCUCCAGAAUGGCAUCAGCCCUGCUGACUCCAACACUCAGACACUCGUCAAAGAGACAAACUUCAAAUAUUUGCAUAAGAGAAGUCGAAGAGAGGCAGGUGGAGGUGAAUGGGGAGAAGUGGCGUCCAAUGCAGCAGGAUCCCUCCCACCGGAGCCAAAACCUCAAUUACAAAUAGUCGCAAAGACAUUCAAUGCAACCCUCGAUCAGAGAUACUGCUCGGUGACAUCCCCAGGGACUCCCAACAACUUCAGUUGCGAUGUACCACUGUCCAAACACAUGCCAGACACCCACUUGACCCUUCACUUCGUGGGGAUGCCCUGGUACUGGCAGAUUGUCCAGCUCUGUCCGAUCCCCUCGAAUCCUGCGGACGAGUCCAUGGUCUGCGGUUGGGGGUACACUAUUCAACAGCAGCAGCAGCAGCAGCAGCACCAGCAGCAGAUCAAGUACACUGAGAAUGCCAAUCAGCAUGGGGACCAGUCGUUCUCCCUUGAUGUGGCGUUUUACCUGAGGAAGACCCUCAGAUUCAGAGUUCCCACUGUUCAGCCUCAAGAGGAUGUCUGCAAAAAUGGACAUGCGAGUGAUUACAUUGAAUUCACUCUGCACUUCCAUCGUGACUGCGACGGUUGAAUGAUUGUACUCUUGAGAUUGGUCGAUUACUACUAACGAUGCAGGAUUUCGUUGGAUCCACUCCAAUUGGAGACUAUUUUACUUCAACACUCAACGUUCUUGAUGAAUCGUGCGAUCCAUGCUUCGGUGAUAACGAAAUAUAUAAAUAAACAGAGAAGAAAGACACGAAUAUGAGGAGUAAGGGGAGCAGAGAUUAAAGUUUUGGGGAGGAAUUGUAUCGGAACAAUUCGUCGAGCAAAAUAAUUGGCGUUUUUUUCCAUAAAAAAAGUGCACAAGACUAUUGUAAUCAUGAUGAUAAUCUACUUAUUCUGAACUGCAUCUGUACAUUUUUCAUAAAUCAUUCCAAUUACUCGAGGAAUUUUAAUUCAUCAUCACAUUUAUUCCAAAUUUGUUGGAUAUUUUUUGAUAACUUCAAGUACCUACUCUAGUUAUUUUAUACUUAAGUUUCAUUGUUGAAAUUUUUUUGCCUCAUUAUUGGAGAAUCUCUUAUAACGAAAUAGUAUUAAUCUAGGUAUAUUCUGGAAGAGGUAAAUGUAAGGAAUGAAAUUUCUUUUUAAUAGUUGAGGAAAGAAAUGAGAACGGAGGUGAAUGGGUUGGGGCGGUUUUUACGAAGGAAAUUUCCAUGAAAUCGAUGAAAUUAAUUCUUAAGAGACUAGAUACACUUGUAAAUACAGCCCAAUGAUAUUCCACUGAGAAAGUAUUGAUUAGUUAUAAAAUUAAAAUGAAGAACAAAUGAGAGAGAGAGUUGAUUCAUGAUUACUCUUAUGAGAUACUGAAGAUCUUUGGCUUUGAGCUUUUUCAUUUAUAGUCUCGAUUAUUCCCACAUCAUUGCUAAAUGAUACAGUUGAAAGGUGCAAUAAUGAAGAAUGAAUCUCGUAAUUUUACUUUGAAACAAGAGAUAUUUGUAAUGAGUAAUAUAAAUGUCAACGAAACUGAAGAGAGAAUUUUUCAAAAAAAGUGAAAUAACUCGAUUAUCCCGAUCAUUGGAAUCAACAGAGAGAAUUGAGAUUUUUUUUGUUUUUAGGUUUUUAGUCUAUUUUUAAAGCAUGACAUAAUGUAUAGAAUUUUUAGAUAACUAGUCCCCGUAAAAUGACUCCGGCAGACGCUAAAGUGAGGAAUUCUUUGUUUUCUUCCCCUUCUGACGCUAAAUGUCUAUUGUUUAGGAUUAGAUUAUCAGUGCCUUGUGGAUUUACCUGUAUAUUUGAUGAUAAAAUUUUAUGUAAAAUGUAUUAUUGUACUGCAUAUUUAUUAAUAUAUCAUUGAAAUUAUAAUAUUAUAGCGGUAGAAUAAAGAAUAUUGCUCUGUGAA